CAGAGACCCAGCCACACGGAGCCAACACGCACGUUCUGGGGAAGUCAGAGCCAGACCGAAGUUCAACUCAUCCAGUCCUAUCAGGCGAGUACUUUCACCUCUGUCUUGACUCCUCCCUUCUCUACCUUCUCCUUUUCUCUCCUCCCUAUUCCUUGCCGAGCAACUUGAGUCCCAUCUCAAUCCCCACCACUACCCUGCUAGCCCUACAAAACAGCUUCUGCACUCCUUAGAAGCCCUGUCCCCAAUCAACGCCUCCCUGCUCCCUGCUCCAGCCAUGAAACCUCCCUCAGGACUGGAGGAGACCCAGCGGCGACAGGCCUCAGACAUCCGGGUGUUCGCCAGCAGCUGCACGAUGCACGGUCUGGGUCACAUCUUUGGCCCUGGAGGACUGACCCUGCGCCGUGGGCUGUGGGCCACAGCUGUGCUCCUGUCGCUGGCGGCCUUCCUCUACCAGGUGGCUGAGCGGGUUCGCUACUAUGGGGAGUUCCACCAUAAGACCACCCUGGAUGAGCGUGAGAGCCACCAGCUUACCUUCCCAGCUGUCACUCUGUGUAAUAUCAAUCCACUGCGCCGCUCACGCCUCACACCCAAUGACUUGCACUGGGCUGGAACAGCGCUGCUGGGCCUGGACCCUGCUGAACAUGCUGCCUACCUUCGUGCCCUGGGCCAACCCCCUGCACCACCUGGCUUCAUGCCCAGUCCGACUUUUGACAUGGCACAACUCUACGCCAGAGCUGGCCACUCCCUUGAGGACAUGUUGCUGGAUUGCCGAUACCGUGGCCAGCCCUGUGGGCCUGAGAACUUCACAGUGAUCUUCACUCGAAUGGGGCAGUGCUACACCUUCAACUCUGGUGCCCACGGGGCAGAACUACUCACCACUCCAAAGGGUGGUGCUGGCAACGGAUUGGAGAUUAUGCUGGAUGUACAGCAAGAGGAGUAUCUGCCCAUCUGGAAGGACAUGGAAGAGACUCCGUUUGAGGUGGGGAUCCGAGUGCAGAUCCACAGCCAGGAGGAGCCCCCUGCCAUUGACCAGCUGGGCUUCGGGGCAGCCCCAGGUCACCAGACUUUUGUGUCCUGCCAGCAGCAGCAACUGAGUUUCCUGCCACCACCCUGGGGUGACUGCAAUACUGCAUCUGUGGAUCCCGACUUUGAUCCAGAGCCCUCUGAUCCCCUGGGUUCCCUUAGCCCCAGCCCCAGCCCUCCUUAUAGUUUAAUAGGGUGCCGCCUGGCCUGUGAGUCCCGCUAUGUGGCUCGGAAGUGUGGAUGUCGAAUGAUGCAUAUGCCUGGAAACUCCCCAGUGUGCAGCCCCCAGCAGUACAAGGACUGUGCCAGCCCGGCUCUAGGGAGAAUGUACUGGUUUUGGAUAUUUUCUUUGAGGCCCUCAACUAUGAGGCAGUGGAACAAAAGGCGGCCUAUGAAGUGUCAGAGCUGCUGGGAGACAUUGGGGGACAGAUGGGACUGUUUAUUGGAGCCAGCCUGCUUACCAUCCUCGAGAUCCUCGACUACCUCUGUGAGGUUUUUCAAGACAGAGUCCUGGGGUACUUUUGGAACAGAAGGAACUCUCAAAGGCGCUCUAGCAACACUCUGCUCCAGGAAGAGCUCAAUGGCCAUCGAGCGCAUGUUCCCCAUCUCACCCUAGGCCCCAGGCCUCCUACUGCUCCCUGUGCUGUCACCAAGACACUCUCUGCCUCCCACCGUACCUGUUACCUCGUCACAAGGCUCUAGACCUGCUUGGUUGCACCAUGACAUCUUGGACAUGUCCAGCUUGUACAUCUUUGCUGUCUUCACCCUAAUAAAGCUCUAGUACAUGUG